AUGCGUCUUCUAACAAUGAUGACUAGUGACGAUUAUCAUUAUAUAAUACAAAGACAAUAUUUUAAUUUAUUUUCCAUUUUCUUUUCAUUUUUAUUUUUAUUUCAAUAUAUUUCGUUAUCAUUAUCAUCAAAUAUUCUUGAUAUUUGUCAGAGUGGUAUACGUGAAGAUCAAACAAAUUAUGUUCAUUGUGGACGAAAAAAUCUUUAUUCUAUACCAAAUUUUUCUAAUCGAACAUUUAAUAUGGCAUUUGAUGAACUAAUAUUAUCUGAUAAUUUUAUUACACAUAUAAAUGCUAAUGAUUUUAAUGGUUUAAGAGUUAAACGUUUAAUUAUGACUGGAAAUAAAUUACAAUCAAUUGAUGCUCAAGCAUUUCGUGAAUUAACAAAUUAUUUAGAAAAAAUUGUACUCGAAUUUGAUCCAACUAUUGUUGAUACUAUUCCUAUAGCAAUAAAAACAAAUUUACAAAAUAUACGAUCAUUAGUAUUAAUUGGUCUUAAUUUACAAUUGUUAACAUUUGGAAAUUUUGAUUUAAUGAAAAAACUUGAACAUUUAUCAUUGACACAUUGUAAUAUUCGUGUAAUUGAUCAUGAUGCAUUUCAACCAUUAGAACCAAUUUUAAAACAUUUACAAUUGGAUUAUAAUCAAUUGAUAGAAAUUAAUUUAAGUACAUUGCAACAAUUAGAAGUUUUGACAAUAACUCAAAAUCAAAUAAAACACAUUGACAAUGAUAGUCUACCAAAACAAUUAAAACGUUUGGAUCUAUCCUAUAAUGGUUUAGCAGAUAUGAAAAUUUCAUUAUCACAAUUAGAAUAUUUAAACGUACAAAAUAAUCAAUUAACUCAACAACAUCUUGAAUUUAUUCAAACAUUAACCAAUAUUAGAGAAUUAAUUUUAGAUUUUAAUUCAAUUCAAACAUUAAAUGAAAAUGUAUUCUCUUCGACAAAAUGUUGUCAACAAUUAGAAUUAUUAUCAUUACAAGGAAAUGAUUUUAAUUUUAAUGAACAAGAUUCAUUAGUAGCCAGUCUUCUGUUCUCUGAUUUAAAACAAUUAAAACGAUUAAAUUUAGCUCGAAAUACAAUUAAAACAAUUCCAACAGAUUUAUUUAAUUUCACACGAACAUUGCAAAGUUUAAAUCUUGAUCGUAAUCCAUUAAUGACAUUAGCGUCUUCUACAUUUCAUGGUCUUGAAUCAUCUUUAAUCAAUAUUAGUAUUCAAGCAUGUAAUCUACAUUCAAAUAGUCUAUCGUCAUUAAAAAUAUUAACAAAUUUAGAACGUAUCAAAUUAAGUUCAAACGAUAUUGACUAUGUACCUGAUGAUUUAUUUGUGUCACUAACAAAUUUAACAUUAGUCGAUCUUCAACGAAAUCAACUCCAAAUUGUACCAAAAUUUUCUGAUAAAAAUAAAUUAAAAGAUUUAGAAUUAAGUGGAAAUAAACUGACAACGUUUGAUGAAUAUACACUAAAACAAUUGACACAACUUGUGACACUUGAUCUCAGUUCGAAUCCACUAGAAUGUGAUUGUAAAUUAAUCCCAUUGUAUCAGUGGUUAAAUGAGAAAUUUCAACCAGAAUUAAUUCAAUAUCUACAAUGGACAUGCUCAAAUGGAAAACAAUUAUCGACAUUGAACAUUCACGAUUUUACAUGUACAGUUGCUGAGGAUAAAACACUUACCUCAACGAAAUUGAAAGAACUAUUUUCAACAGUUAAACCAUUAGUAAGAGAAAAUAUGGAACCAAUAACGACUAUUGAGACAACUUUAAAAUUAAGAACAACAACAACAACAACUCUCUUAACAAAUAUUAUUACUGAUUUAAACGUAUGGAUUAAAGAUGAUAAUUCGGCUAUUAUUGAAUGGAACACAUCGUCAAUAAUACCCAAUCAUCUUCUAGUACUACGUCUCAUCGUUAUUGAAAACGGUUAUCUAUUACCAUCUUUAAAUUUAAAUAUUAGUCAAAAAUAUUUUUUAUUAGAAAAAUUAAAAUCACAAACUCAAUAUACCAUAUGUCUAACAAUAUUAAAUACACAAAAAUAUUGUCGUGAUUUAAUUACUGGUUCAACAACAACUCCUAUACCAUUAUCUAAAGCAAUUUCUAUAUCAAAAACAUCGACGACAACUUUAACGUCAACAGAUAUUCAAUAUUUGAUUUUGGGUACUGUUUUAGGUGCCAUUAGUGUUUUAUUAAUUCUAAUCGUUUUUAUUAUUAUUCUUGUUCGAAAACAGCGGCGAAAAAAACAUGAAUCAUCUAAAACAACAUCGAUCGAAUCCUAUUAUAAUGCUGGUGGAUCUGAUAUAUCAGCAUUGUCUUCCGAACAACAGCCAACACUAAAAUGUUUACCACCUCCACCAUUAUUAACACCAUUCUAUUAUUUUCCACCAUCAGAAUGUCCUCAUAAUUGUUGUACAUCUUUAUCGAUGAAUGGAGGAGUAGGCGGCGAUUUUGAACGUUCAGGAACAAAUUCAACCGAUUUAAGUAAUAUUAAUCCUUCGACGUAUCAUAUUUAUCACGAAAUACCAUUUUCUGACACUUGUACAUCUGCACUUCGACGUCCUAAUAUAUUUGAUAAUACACAUUUAAUUGAACAACAACAAUUGAGGCAUACAACACCAAUCAUUAUUUAA